GCCGCCCGGAGCCGGUGCGGCUGUGAGGGGCCGCGUCUUGCCGCUGCCGGCCGGCCGGGCAUGGUGUUGGGCGCCGGGUCCGCCUCGCCUGUCUCGGGGUGCCCAGGGUAAAGGUGGCAGUAAUGCUGACGCUGGCGAGCAAACUGAAGCGGGAUGACGGUCUCAAAGGGUCCCGGACAUCAGCCACAGCCUCUGACUCCACUCGGAGGGUUUCUGUGAGAGACAGGCUGCUUGUUAAAGAGGUUGCAGAACUUGAAGCUAAUUUACCUUGUACAUGUAAAGUGCAUUUUCCUGAUCCAAACAAGCUUCAUUGCUUUCAGCUAACUGUAACCCCAGAUGAGGGUUACUACCAGGGUGGAAAAUUUCAGUUUGAAACUGAAGUUCCUGAUGCGUACAACAUGGUGCCUCCCAAGGUGAAAUGCUUGACCAGGAUCUGGCACCCCAACAUCACAGAGACGGGCGAAAUAUGUCUAAGGAAAAAGAUGGACACAUUGGCUGGAAAAAUGAGCAUCGGCUACAGAUACAUGAUUCAUAGAAGGAGAAGUACAGGUGGGCGUUUACUGAGAGAACAUUCGAUUGACGGCACCGGCUGGGCUCCCACUAGGACGUUAAAGGAUGUUGUUUGGGGAUUAAACUCUUUGUUUACUGAUCUUUUGAAUUUUGAUGAUCCACUGAAUAUUGAAGCUGCAGAACAUCAUUUGCGGGACAAGGAGGACUUCCGGAAUAAAGUUGAAGACUACAUUAAGCGUUAUGCCAGAUGAUAGGAGGAGAAGACUGCAGGGCCGUGGACUGUGUGUUAGAAGUUUGUCUCCAGCUUAAACCAAGAGGGAGCCCUCUUCCCCAGUCCUCGUGCUCCCUCUCAGUCCCACUGGGUCGUCCGAGUCCUGUGACCAUGUUGUCCCGAGGAAGAACCUCUUCACGAUUGCCCAUUGUAGACGGAGAGUUCCGCAUAAAUACAGCAAGAAAAUGUGUUUGGGGUUCUAAAGAGUUGUCUGCUUACCUUAACAUGUUUACUUUUUGAAACUGUACUGUAUAGGCUGUUGAUGAGAAGUUGUAAUGAACUCAGAAUUGAGGCUUGAGCUUGCUUCUUCCCCUUGUACCCAAUAAGAUCACUUCCCUGCACAGGUGAUGCUAAUGAUGUGCUCAGUGUAGCUCGCAGAUUGGUGAUAAGAAACCCGCUACAAACUGAUUGGAUGCCAGUUCUCUUAGCUCCUCCACGAAUGUUGGCCCUGCCUAGAUGUCGUGAAACUUCCCAGAAUGCAUAGAGUCAUUCACUGUAGAUCUCUUACUGAAAUGCGUAUUUUAUUUAAUGUAAGUAUAUUUUGGAACAGAUUUGUAAUUUGUACAAUUUAAUGCUUUAAUUAUUUUUUUCUAUUCUCAUUUAGUUUGUAUUUUCAUUGUAUAGAGCAGACAGAAAGAUGUUGGGUGAAGCAACUAUUGAAGAGAAAUACAAAGAAGAUAUGAAAGACA